UGGACCGUAACGUUACUCGCUAGAGAGUUUGACACAUUGACAGAGGUGGACAACCUGUACAUUUUCUAUCAACAAUUCAAGUCACACAUUUUUUGACGUCUACAUUCAUGGACACUGGCAGUGCGAGCGCAUUUCAUCAAGCCUGCGAGUCAAACGUCAUAAAGGGAGGUGGCUAUUUCACCUACUCUGAAUGGAGAAUUUAUCAAUCGAUGCUCUGCUCUGUCACUCCACCAAGGGGUUUUUCAUUUCUUCGGUAAACAGGAACCCCCAAUUCCCCUUUCUCUUUUUAGGCAAAGGACAAGCCUUUCAAAUAGUAACUUUUUCUAGGCUCACAAUAAUUAUGGAGCAGCACCACAUGGGCUCUGUGAACCUUUGUAGUGUCACGAGCACUCUACCGGUGAUCCACUAUCAAAAGCUGACGGACUUGCAUUACCUGAGCAAAGGUGGGUUCGGAAGCGUGUUCAAGGCACAGCAUUCCGAUUGGCGGGCCACCGUUGCCAUCAAGUGCCUGAAAUUGGAUUCUCCUGUUGGCGAAAGGGAGAGGAAUUGCCUGCUGAAGGAGGCGGAAAUGCUCCACAAGGCCAGAUUCAACUACAUCAUCCAGAUCUUUGGCGUGUGCAAUGAGCCUGAGUUCUUCUGCAUCGUCACAGAGUACAUGAGCAAUGGCUCUCUGGAUCAGCUGCUUCACAAGAAUAACCUUUACCCCCUGCUGGCCUGGUCGUUGAGGCUGCGUGUCCUGUACGAGAUAGCUCUGGGGGUGAACUUUCUACACAACAUGACCCCACCCCUCCUGCACCACGACCUCAAGACACAGAACAUUCUGCUGGAUGGAGAGUUUCAUAUCAAGAUAGCAGACUUUGGCAUGUCUAAGUGGCACCAGCUGUCGAUCAGUAAAGGCUCGGGAUCCAAGCCACCUGAGAUGGGGGGCACCAUCAUCUACAUGCCCCCAGAGGAGUACGAACCCUCCAAGAGCCGCUCUACCGUCGUCAAACACGACAUCUACAGUUACGCUAUCAUUAUGUGGGAGGUGCUGUCCAGGCGGAUACCAUUUGAAGAGGUGACCAACCCCAUGCAGGUCAUGUUCAGCGUACUGCGUGGGAUACGUCCCGACAUAGGCCUGGACUACCUGCCAGGGGACAUCCCCAGCAGGGAGUCACUCAUCAACCUCAUGAUCUGCGGCUGGACCGCCAACCCUGACGAACGGCCCUGCUUUCUCAUGUGUGUGAUAGAGCUGGAGCCAAUGCUGAGGAGGUUUGAUGAAAUCGACAUCCUGGAGGCCGUGCUGGAGGUCAAGAAGUCAAAGCUGAUGAGGAGGGCGGGCUGUUACUCUGCCACACCCGUGGCGGGUGAGAAGGGGAGGGAGGAGAAGUCUUUAAACAUUCUGAAGGACAACCCCAGUCCCUGGCAAGGAAGCUCUGGCUCUGGGUCUUGCUCCUCCCAGGACACGGACAUCUUCCGACCGAGCUCCCUCACUAGCACCAAUGCCCCACCUUUUAAAGAAGUAUCCCCCACGUCGUUCAUGUCCCACAACCUGGAGCCCCUCAGAAAGCAGACCCCAGAGGACUACAACCUCAACGACUACCCCCAGAGUGCCAGGCCCCUGAAUAACCUCAAUAUUCCCCUCAAACCAGGCCUGCCUGAGACGGAGUGUGUGACGCACCUGGACAACCUCACCCUGAAGUCACAGCCAUACCAACCACAGCUAGGUUUCAUCCUGCCAUCGAACCCCCUCGGCCCCAGGCUGGGCCCCAUGGCCUGCUGGAUCACGGCACGGCGCGAGGAAAUUGUCUCCAAGAUGACAGAGGCCUGCCUGAACCAGAGCCUGGACGCCCUGCUUGCGUGCUCGCUCCUGAUGCGUGAGGACUACGAGCUGGUGGUGAACCGGGCCACGCACACUGCCAAGGUCCGCCAGCUCCUUGACACCUGCCACCGUCACAGCGAGGACUUCUGCUGCGUGGUGGUCCGCAAACUCAAGGACAACAAGCAACUGGGCCUGCAGUCAUACGCCCCAGAGCUCAGCUCCCUUGUGGCCACGCCAAACACCAGCGCACCCCCACUCUCGGUCUCCUACAACAACCCAAGGAAUUACCAGGACAGAACUAGUCCAGAGAAGACCAGAGACCAGGAAGACUAUAAACUGUAAAAGACUUAGCUCAUUGAGCUACUGUAGAUGGUGGAAAAAUACCCUACUGUCUUUUAGUCGUGGGUCAUUUUCAUUGGGUAACAAAUGGAAGAAAAACUAACUUAAACGGGAAUGUACACCCUGAUGGUUUUCCUUAGCACAAUUUGUUUUUAAACUUUUUGCUACAGUGUGCCCUAAUGAAUAUGACCCUGGGUUUUGACUGUGAACUUUGACCUUAGUGAGGGAUGGUAAAGCCCAGCUGUGUCUCACAUUGCUCAUGAUGGUACCUACUUUCCUGCCCACUCAUACAGAGCAAUACUGUAUGUUGCUACUGUUCAUCAAACUGUUGAGCAAAAAACGACCUUUUGAAAAACAAAACCAAUCUUCACAAAAAUUCCCGUUCUCUAAAAAGCAGAGGAUGGGUUGGGAUUAACAAUCAAAAUCCCUUAGUAUUUAAUCCAGGCUUUGAAUAAUUUAUAUUAUGGAUUGUAUGUCUUUUGUCUGGUAAAUAAUUUGGUUCUCUCAAAACAUUCCCUUUGUUCUGAGUGAUUGGGGUACAGGCCCUGAGUUUGAGUUCUGCUUCUAUGCAUCUUUCUGUUCUUUCCCCUCGGCACUGUUUUAUCCAGAGAAAUAUAUCCAGACAGACUGUGACAUCAUACUCACCUACAGUAUGGCUCUGCUUUUACUCUUAUUUUGAGUGGACAGUUUAGACUCAUCUGUAGCUCUCCAGGUCCGAUAAGACACUCGACUGGAGUUCUGCCGUGUUGAGGUUAAUGUAGUCUCACAACUGGAUCAACCCCCAUUCCCUUUUGUUUGUCAAAAGAAUUGCACUUAUAGAAUUGUAUUUUGGGUAUUUCUUUACCACUGCCUUUCCAAGCCAUUUUUUUUAUUUCUCUUAUAGACUGUGCACUUUCUGUUCAUAGGAGCUUUAGUUGACAUAGGAUGGGCCAAAGCUGUUGAGGCCUUAUCAUUUAUAUAAUAUGUACAUCCCCAUACCAUUUAUUUAGAAUGUAGUCAGUGGAUUAAUCCUUGACGUUUGUCUUGGCACGUUUACAUAUGGGGACAGACGAAUGACACUGAAUGAAGAAAAUAAGAUAAGGUAAUUAAUGUAGAUCAGAAUUUACCAGGCAAUUUACAUGUAACUGCCAAAAUAAAGGAAACACUUUAGUAAAUGAGGGAUACAAAGUAUAUUGAAAUAAGGUGCUUCCGCACAGGUGUGGUUCCUGAGUUAAUUAAGCAAUUGACAUCCCAUCAUGCUUAGGGAAAUGUAAAAAAAAAAGUGCAGUUGUCCAUUAUUUUUGGCUACCAUGGCUAGAAGAUGGCACAGUGACUUUGAAGGGACUACUCCAUAGCACAGUGACUUUUAAAGAGGGGUCUCAAAGGAGCAUAGGGAUUUUAAAGUGUGUGUGUGUGUUUUGAAUAUUUAUGGUAGAUUCUGGAGUGGCGCCUGAGAGUGUUUUCCACCAUCAACAACGCACCCUAUUAUGGAAUUUCUCAUGGAAGAAUGGUGUCGCAUCCCUCCAAUAGAAUUCCGGACACUUGUAGAAUCUAUGCCAAUGUGCAUUGGAGCUGAUCUGGCAGCUCGCAGUGGCCCGAUGCCCUAUUAAGACACUUUAUGUUGGUGUUGCCUUUAUUUUGGUAGAUCUAUCUGUAUCUAUUUUGGUACUCUCCUUGGCUCUGAUGGUCUAUAUUAUGGGCUUUUGUAUUAUGGGUUUUUGUAUACAUGUUUUUUCUAUAAAGGAGGUCAUGGCCCA